CCGAGGGAAACACAGGAAGAAAUGACAAACGCGAUGAGGUCAUCAAGACCAGUAGUAGCACUGGGUCAGAGUCUAUCCAAUCUAAUCCCCAGGCCACUAUUGGCCCAUCCCGUCUCUGUCUUAACUCGCCCCCAAUCUCAGCCAUUACUCUCUCUCUCGCCCACAAACCUUCAGCUCAACAGCACCAGAGGGGAGAGACUUCUGAAUCUUCCGACUCCUCCUGCAGCACGCUUCCGCCAUGGCGUUCCCAGUCGUUGACGCCGAUUACCUCAAGGAGAUCGACAAGGCCCGCCGCGAUCUCCGCGCUCUCAUCGCCUACAAGAACUGCGCCCCGAUAAUGCUCCGUCUGGCGUGGCACGACGCCGGGACGUACGAUAAGAGCACCAAGACCGGCGGCCCGAAUGGCUCCAUAAGGAACGAUGAGGAGUUGGCUCACGGUGCCAAUAGCGGCCUGAAAAUCGCCCUUAGUUUCUGUGAGGAAGUGAAGGCCAAGCGUCCGAAGAUUACUUACGCCGACCUGUUUCAGCUUGCUGGUGUUGUUGCAGUUGAGGUAACUGGAGGUCCAACCAUUGACUUUGUCCCCGGUAGGAAGGAUUCAAAAGUUUCCCCCAAGGAAGGGCGACUUCCGGAUGCCAAACAAGGCUCGCCGCAUUUGAAGGAUGUAUUCUACAGGAUGGGUCUCUCUGACAAGGAAAUUGUGGCACUAUCAGGUGGCCAUACUCUGGGAAGGGCACAUCCAGAGAGGUCAGGCUUCGAUGGCCCUUGGACCAAGGAUCCUUUGAAGUUUGAUAACUCAUACUUCGUGGAGCUGCUGAAGGGUGAGACUGAAGGACUAUUGAAACUUCCAACUGACAAUGCCUUGUUGGAUGAUCCUGCUUUCCGUCCCUUUGUUGAGCUCUAUGCAAAGGACGAGGAUGCUUUCUUCAAGGACUAUGCAGCGGCACACAAGAGACUCUCCGAACUGGGCUUCACCCCAGCCUCCUCGGCUUCCAAGGCAACGGCCAAAGACGGCACCGUUCUGGCCCAAAGCGCCGUCGGAGUAGUUGUUGCUGCUGCAGUGGUGAUCUUGAGCUACCUGUACGAAGUCCGCAAGAGAGGCUGAUAAUAAUAAAAUAAGUAGACCGACCGACCGACCGACCAGCUAGAACUUUUCUUUACCUGAUAUGUGACUCUAAUAAACUGCGUAUUCUCUCCGGUAGCAUCAUAUUCAAGCCCCAAGUUGAAUUGAAUGCAAUGCACUUUGGGUUUUCAACUGUCUUUGUAUAAAUAAAUAUCCAGAACCAGAAAGAACAACGUAACUGGCAAGCAGAAUCACAACUCGGAGCGCGCGUGUAUCUGUCAAUGCCACUACCUAAUUCCCAUGUGGCGUGGGUGAAACCGCAACUCCCUCUGUCUCUGUGUAGGCUGUAGAUUGCAGGACCGCGCAUUACCUGCCUUGUUUAGCAUGCUGUUGCAGUCGGAUGGUGCCGUUUGUGAUCUCAUCAUGCUUUGCUUGCAUUAUUAUAUUUGUAAAAAUGCUUCUCAGAUUCUCAACAAAGAAAAUAAUAAAAGUGUAUUCGAGUA